CGUAUAUUGAAUUUUGACAGUAAAUUAAAUAUUACUCAUUGAGUUUUAAUUAUUGUGUUUACAAAUCAAUAUAGUUUAGCUUAGAAUUUGCAAUAUGGAUUCAUUACCUGUUCUUCGUCAGAAUAUUUAUUUAGUAGGUGACGUAGACGUUCAAAUCGUUGGAAAUCAACUGCCAACAAAUUUACAAGUCCUCAAAGUGUUGUUUUUUUACCUACGCCAUGGCAGUUUACAAUUAUGUGACAGUAAACGUCGAGUGAUACAAGAGGUUUUACUAUUUUGGGAAAAAGCUAGUAUCCCCACACAAGUUGAACAUCGAUGCGUACAGAAACUUGACAAUUUGUAUCAAGAAUGGCGUAAUUUACAGAAAAAUCGAUCUCGACCGUCGAACGUUGUUAAAGAGCAGGAUUUUGCUUCAAAUUUGAAUAAACUUUUUGAUAUUGCACAUGGGUUUGUUGAUCACAAUAUUGAUGAAGUCAAAAAAGAGUUUUUGUUAGAUCAACGAAACGAUCGUAGAAAAUAUAUCGCCAACAUUGAAACUCCAAAUAGUGUAGAACAAAGCUCACGUGAAAUUGAAAAACAAGAAAAAUAUUUGCAGAGAAAAAGAAAAGCAGAGGAAGAGCAGCGACGCUUAGACGAAAUAACAGAAUUAGAAUCAGGUAGCUCUGGUUUGUCUGCUCUCGCAUUGAGUCAUAAAAGUGCUGGAUCUAACUUUUCUGCUAGUAAUGAAACUGAAGCAGGCCCUUCUGUUGCCAAGAAGUCUCGUGGAACUGUACUGGUGAUAACACCCAAAUUAUCAGCAGUUCUCGACAGAUGUAAAGUAUCAGAUCGGAAUGCAGUCCAUUUGCUCAUUGCUACGACUCAAGCAUUAAACAUCGAUCCAAAUGAUUUGAUAAUAAACAGAAAUUCAAUUCACUCUACAAGAGAAAAGCAUCGUAGAGAUCUGGCAGAGAAAAUAAAAGGAAUUUUCAACGGAGUUGAUUUGAAGGCAGUGACCCUGCAUUUUGAUGGAAAACUUCUCCCAAACUUGCAGAAGCAUGAAUCAUUUGAGAGACUGCCAGUAGUUGCAACUGCAAAUGGAACUGAACAGCUUUUAGCUGUACCUGAAAUUGAUAAUUCCAUGGGUUCUACCCAGGCAAAAGCAUUAUGCGAAGUCCUUAUUGAUUGGAAUCUUGCUGACAAAAUAAAAGCUCUAUGCUGUGAUACUACUGCUGCUAAUUUGGGAAUUCACAAAGGCGCAGCAGUUAUUCUAGAGCAAUUGUUAGAAAGGCAACUACUCUAUUUUCCUUGUCGACACCAUAUUUUUGAGCUGGUAUUAAGAAGUGCUUUUGAAGUAUAUAUUCCAUCAGUUGGAAGUCCAAACGUUUCUUUAUUUAAACGAUUUCGAGACGGCUGGAAUAAUUUAGAUCAUGCGAAGUUUACAACAGGUAUACAAGAUGGAAGUUUAAAGAAUAAGCUUAUAGAACAUAUCGAUGCAAUCGAUUUGUUUGUGCAGGAUAAGUUGAAAAAUAGAUGUUUAAGAGAUGACUAUCAAGAACUAUUAAAUUUGACCCGAAUAGUCAUUGGCAAGGUUCCACCUUCUGAAGCGAAAUUUAGAUACCCAGGUGCAUUUCACCAUGCUCGCUGGAUGGCAAAAGCUAUUUACGCAUUAAAAAUGUAUUUAUUUCGUGAACAAAUUAAUUUGAAAACUGCUGAAAAACAAGGACUAACUGCAAUGUGUCAUUUCAUUGUAACAGUAUACGUGAAGGCUUGGUUCAUGGCUUCGUCUGCUAUUCAUGCUUCGAACCAUGACCUUCAAUUUUUGAAAGUACUGUUCGAAUAUCAAUCAGUCGAUAAAAAAAUAUCUGAUGCAACAUUGGGAAAGAUGUUGAACCAUCUUUGGUAUCUUAAUCCCCAAUUAGCUGCAACGUCAUUUUUUGACGAUCAAGUAUCAGUUGAAGUUAAAAAAAAAAUGGUGCAAAAAUUAGAAGUAGAUGAUGAAUCGCAUGAAAAAAACUCUAAACGUGUAAAUUUUAAAAAAGAUCAUCUUGAACUGAUACUUAAUCAAGAAAUGGAUUAUUUUAUUAAUCGGGAAUCCCUGGAGUUUUUCAAGAUAUAUGAAAUAAAUACAAGAUUUCUGGAGCUCGAUCCAACUUUGUGGCAUCUUGAUGAAUAUUACCAAAAUGCAAAAAAAAUAAUCAUGAAUUUAAGAUUCGUCAAUGACUGUGCAGAGAGAGCAGUGAAUUUGGUUCAAAAUUUUAAUAAUUUAUUUACACACGAUGAAGAACAAAAGCAAUAUAUCUUGCAACUUGUUGCUUCAUAUAGAAAAUCACAUCCAAAUGCGAAUAAAGAAACAGCAGUUAAAGAGAUAGAAUUUUGAAGCAUCAAUAAUAACUUAACAUGUAUCCGUAUUUGGUUAAAUCUAUGAAAAAUGACAAAAAUACAACCUUUAUUUUGAUAAUAAUAAUGUUAAUAACAAUAAAAAUAAUAAUAAUAUUAAUGUUAAUAAUAAGAAUAAUAAAAUCAAAUUUUUUACAAA